AUGGCAACUUUCACGGCACUGAAUGGGAAUGAACCCAGGGCGGCAGAGAACUUAAGCAGUGGUUCUCCGACCAAAACCGCAGGGCCUGAAGAACGUGCGAGUGUUGCAGGGAUCGCUCAGGAGCAAAACCGGUCCGGCGGCAACUCCCCCGCCCAGCGGGAGCAUUGGUCAGGUCCUGGCUCAGAGCGAACAGCAUAUCACCACCACCAUACUAGCUACGCCGAGGUGGAUGGCUCUCAUAAGCGCAAGAGAUCCAAUUCGGGCGAGCCACGCUCGGCGCCAUCGGAUGAGAGAACACCUCUCCACAGUGCCCAUUCUGACCCACGCGAUGUCUACGCAACGCCACAACGGGAUAGGGAUUAUCGGCCAUACGGCGACGAGAGUAGGGAGGAUUUAUGGUACGCGCAGCAGCAGAGGGACGAUAGGAGAGCCUACGAGCAACGCAACGCAGCUCGGUCCCGCAGUGAAGAAGAGUUAGAGGCGACACAAGGAACCAUGGGCUCGCAGCAAGGCUACUCGCCAAAUAGCCCCGAUGAUGAUGGGUAUUAUGGAGGAUCAUUUGCAGGCGAUCAUCGAAGGGACGGUGCUGUACAGUCCGAUCCUAAGAAGAGGAAGCGCAACUUUAGUAACCGGACGAAAACGGGUUGUUUGACGUGCCGAAAGAGAAAGAAGAAGUGCGACGAACUAAAGCCCGAGUGCAACAAUUGUCUCCGUGGUGGGUUCAUCUGUCAAGGAUACCCCAACCAGCGCGGCUAUCCCAAGAUGGAUAACAAGCCAUCGGCCGUCCCACUUGAGUCAAAGGACCCAAGCUAUGUGCCUCCUGGAGCAUAUGGAAUGCCACAAUCUGCUCCGUACGGCCCCCAACAUCCAGCUCCGCCCAAGAGGGAACCGCCUCCAUUGUAUCGGAACCAGCCUUCUUUGCGUAUAGAGCCCCCACAAAGCAGAAUCUUGACGGAUGACGACCGCCAGACUGCAUCAACGAUCCCCACAGCUUCAGUGGCCAGUCCUGAGAACAAGCCCUCCGCCGUAUCCGGUUAUACGUCAGCCGCCAAUGUGUUUCCCACGCCGAUCAGCGCCAUCUCUACUGGCCUGCCAAAGGAUUAUCAGAGGAUACCACCAUUACACGACACCAGUCGAACGGAACCUGAUACUCCUCAUCCAGGAAGUACGCUGCCGCAGAUCAGCCUCCUCCAUCCCUCUAGGACCAUCAACACAAGCAAUCCGACGUCACAGCCCUCGACAAGUAAUGCCCAGGUUGCUGCCCAGCUGGCACUCUCCCACAAUCACUUUGCUGCGGCCAGCAGGGUAGCAACGCAGAAAGAGCUCAUGCUGCAGGGGGCAUCUUACAAGCCCUUUGAUAAGGAGCUUGUUUUGGAGCGCGAAAGGUGUAGUGCCGCAUGCUGGAGAUUCAACAACUCGACCAAUCCCAACAACGGAGUCUCAGCAAACGAACGAGCACGGCUGUUCCGCGAGAUUUUAAUGCCAAGAGAGCCCGUCAACCUGUCGCCGACCCAGCAGUCACCCGUUUCCACCCUUGGUCGUGUGGGUAGUGAAUGCGUCGUCGAGGCCCCUUUCAAUUGUGAUUACGGCUACAACAUCACGAUUGGGCACAACGUGUUCAUCGGCCGGAACUGCACGAUCCUUGAUCCUUGCAGCAUCAAGAUUGGGAACAAUGUCUACAUCGGCCCCAAUGUCAGUCUCUUUGGCGCCACGCUCCACACGGAUCCCAAACAGCGCGGGGGCAGCAAAAGCUCCCAAACCGGCGCUUCAAUUACCAUCGAGGAUGACGCCUGGAUUGGGGGAGGAGCCAUCAUUCUUCCAGGUCGACGGAUAGGCAAAGGCGCCACCGUUGCCGCCGGUGCAGUCGUCGCGUCACGCGAUGUUCCCAACUUCACCAUCGUGGCUGGAAACCCAGCCAUCGUAAAACGUGGAGUCGGUUCCUCAUAA